AUUCAAAGUGAUGUUCUGUUUGUGUUAGUGCACCAACUACCGAACAAAUAUCAAACGCUUCAAAGUAUCCUAUUACAUACCCAGACAGCAAAGCAAAGUGGACUAGACAUUGUUGUGCAUGCCAUACAGUAUUGCAUUGUCAACACAAGAUAUCAUACAGUGACUGUGAAAAUUAUAUUACUUUUUAAUUGAAUAAAAACAUUAAAAUGACGUCCAAUAUUUUAAAUGAUGAAAUCGUACGAUGGCUUAGUGUUAUCGAUAUCGAGACCACAAGAUCGCUAAAUUUUAUGAAAGAGCAUCUUCUAAGUUCGGGUAGCGGAAUUGAUCCAGGAUUUAAGAUAAAUUUGUUGAAAAGUGCAAACUACAGGCUAAUGGAAAUUUUCAAACGAUUUGAAAUGGCAUUACAAAUUGAAAGAUCGUUGAAGAUUUCAACCAACGAAAGGAAUACCAUUGAAAGCGACAUUCAAAUGGUGGAAAAUACACCAUUUGCCGUUGCAAGAGUCGAUCAACCAAAUGUGAAGAGCACUCCAUACAUGAUGAUCGACGAAACAAUCAACCUUGACGCAAAUGAAAUUGAAGUCGACGUGCCUAUGCCACAACAAAAUUUCCAUUCCAAUGAUUUAACUGUCCAGGAAGAACAUGUUGGCAAUAUUUCCAAUGCACCGAUGUCAAAACAACAUAUCCAAUCGAAUAGUUUGAGCGUACAAAAAGGAUGUGGUGAUGUCAAAACAAACAAUCGCAAAGAAUGGAUGUGCUUCCAUUGCAACGAAGCAAAAGUUCAGAACAUAAAAGAUUUUGUGUUUUCAACAUUGGAUGAAUUGAAUGAUCAUUGGCGAUUCCAACAUUCAGCCUUGCCCUUCAAAUAUCUUCUGAUUGAUUUAAUGCAAUGCCACAUUGGAAAAUGUCGAUACUUUAGCAAUUUUCAAGGUCUUCGGAAACAUCAUCAUAAGCAACAUCAAAAAGACAUUUUUGUUGCCGCUCAAAAUGGUCGAUGCGUUUUAUGUUUUUAUGCUGGAAAAGAUUUGGAUAAGCAUCAUUGCGAACAACUUGACUUAAUCAUUGAAUUACGACUAUCCAAUCCGGUUAUGUAUACGGAAGAAACCGUAGCGGAAUUGCAAACAUUGAAUGGCAACCGGCGAUUUGAUUGCAAACAUUGCAACAUUAUUUUUGAUACACAACAAGAAGUGAUGUAUCAUCAUCGUAAAAAUCACGGCCAUCAGGUGAUCAACAUUGGGAUCAAUGGGACGCGACCAAUUGCUGGACUAAUUUGUGGUUGCUGUAAAAUGGAUAUUUCACCCCAAACACAUGUUAGUCAUCUCAAAGCUGUGGCUCAAGAACGCUGGUCCAAAGGGAAAACAUGGAACGCAUGGUAUCGACAGUUCAUAAUGGAUUUUUUGAAAACAAAAGUUCUAUUCGACAAUGGUCUCGUGGUUUAUAAGCAAAAUUUAGUUGCAACAAAUAUCGGCGGGUAUUCUGGCUUCAAAAACCUGGCUGAACAGUUGUACGAAUCAUUAAAUGCAUGAAGAUCAUACCGUAUGAUUCAUACGAAUUGAUUCGGUUUUUAUUUCUAUUUUAUAGUUGAUCCGGUUAAGUAAAUUUCAUUGCAUGUGUGUCAUUCGAUGACUUUUUUUUUUAGCUACCUCUAUUACUAUUCAUUUUAAUGAAGCUCUCUCUAGUUCUCCAAACAUUGAUUACAAUGAUACAUUUUUUUUUUAAAUAACCACCCGUAAAAUUCAAUUUACAUCGAAUCAGAAUCCGAAUUGAAUAACAUUUUUACUUCAGCUGACAAAAUUGUCGAUAAAAAAAACAAAACAUUCAAUUUGUACGUUCAAAAUUUAUUUAUCCGAUAGCCACAAGUCAAGAAUUAUUAUUUAAGUCUAUUACAAGAUAUUAAAUUAAGCCAUCCAUUUGUGCCUUGAUUAGCGGGCGUCGAACACGAUCACUAAAAAAACACAAAAACAUUAUGAUUAAGCCGUAUAUACAAAACAAAAAAUGUUUGUAUAGUUAAAAACAAAAUUUGUCCUCAACUAUUCAUGCAUUUACUUACAUCGCUUUGUACGUUUUUUGUACAUGAUCCGAUAACCACAUUCACGGCACCGAAUUGCAUCUUUUGGCCGCAUCUCGUUUUCACAGUGACAUUCUGAUGAAAGAAAAGGAAAACAAAAUUGGUAUUUGAAAA